AUGGCCGCUGCCGGCUGGCGAGACGGCUCUGGCCAGGAGAAGUACCGGCUCAUGGUGGUCGGUGGAGGCGGCGUGGGCAAGUCGGCGCUCACCAUCCAGUUCAUCCAGGUGUUCUUUUUUUUACAGUCCUAUUUUGUAACGGAUUAUGAUCCAACCAUUGAAGAUUCCUAUACAAAACAGUGUGUGAUAGAUGAUAGAGCAGCCCGGCUAGACAUUCUGGAUACAGCAGGACAAGAAGAGUUUGGAGCUAUGAGAGAACAGUACAUGAGGACUGGCGAGGGUUUCCUGUUGGUCUUUUCAGUCACAGAUCGAGGCAGCUUUGAAGAAAUCUAUAAAUUUCAAAGACAGAUUCUCAGAGUAAAGGAUCGUGAUGAGUUUCCCAUGAUUUUAAUUGGCAAUAAAGCAGAUCUGGAUCAUCACAGACAGAUAACCCAGGAAGAAGGACAGCAAUUAGCACGGCAACUGAAGGUAACGUAUAUGGAGGCUUCUGCAAAGAUUCGGUUGAAUGUCGAUGAGGCUUUCCAUGAACUUGUCCGGGUUAUAAGGAAAUUUCAAGAGCAAGAAUGCCCUCCUUCUCCAGAACCAACACGGAAAGAAAAAGACAAGAAAGGCUGCCAUUGUGUCAUUUUCUAAGAAUCCCAGGAGUUUUAGCAACCAGCUGCCAGGCAAAGCCCUCUUCUUCUACUCACCUUUCAGUUUACAUCCUGUUGGUACCUUUCUAGCCUUAGACACUCAAGUCCUACAGACGAUCACCAUGUUAGCCUUAGACCAAGAAGCUGGCUAAUCCUUUCCGUGAAGCUAAUACUAUGGCCAUUUCAAGACAACUUUAAAGGAAACACUAAGGCUGUUUUUAAGAUGAUCUGAUUCCUUUAAUAGACAUAUCUGGGCACACACACAUACACAUUCUUUUUUUAAGGGCUUGCAUUUUAAUAGGGUGAAACAGUUUGGGAACCUAAACUAUUUGCUAAACUGAAGUCAUAGGUUGUGAAAUCAUUUUUAACUUCUGGGAGUGUAUUGCCUACUGUUACUUUAAAUAGAAACAUAGGG